GAGGCGGAGUGGGCUGAGCUGUGUCGUCUUCCUCCUCGUUUUCCCUCGGCCCCCGCUACCGGAGAACGCCGCGGAGCGAGAGCGUGCCGGCUGCCAUGGAGGCCCGCUACAAUCUCAAGAGCCCCGGUAGGCCGCAGCAGGCCGCCUUCGAGCCGCGGGCUCGGCGGGCGGGACCGGGAGCGGGACCGGGCUCGGGCUGGGGCGGCCGAGCGCUCGUCCAACAAAGGGCAGAGCUGCGGCCCGGCCUCAGCGCCACGGUGGGGGGGCGAAGGCCGGCAGGGGGGCUCCGCCUGGUGCGGAAGGCAGGGCAAGCCGAGCCGGGCCGGUGCGGCACCGAAGCCGCCGUGGGCGGGAGGAAGCCGGGCGGGUCCGGGCCGUGCUGCUGAUGCCGGCUGCGCAGGGCGGGUCGGCCCGCGGUGCUUGGGAGGCACUGGAGCUCUCCUUGAGUGGAGUACAGAGUAUCUCGGGUCGCUGCCGUGUGCGUGUCUGUGUGUCCACGCCUUUUUGUACGUUGGAACUGCUGCCUGCUGGUGUGCGAGCGUGGCUGUGCCCGUGCUGCCAGGUGCUGGCUCCUCGGGCCUGCGUGUGGGGAGGGACAGGUGCUGACGUUGGCCGAGUCUGUGCAGUGAGGCUUUUCUGUUAGCUGUUGUGCGGUGUUUUUAUGUGCUGCACCUCCAUGUGCCUGUAUACAUGUGUUCGAGGGGUUCUGCAAUAAAAUUCAUGUGUUGCCAGCACUAGGCAGUGUUUUGAGUCCUUAAACGAGGAGUUUCCUCAGCUGUCAAACGUUUGAUGAAAGAGGCUGCAGAACUGAAGGAUCCUACAGAUCAUUAUCAUGCACAGCCAUUGGAGGAUAAUCUUUUCGAAUGGCACUUUACUGUCAGAGGUCCUCCAGAUUCAGAUUUUGAUGGAGGAAUUUAUCACGGACGAAUCGUACUUCCACCUGAAUAUCCCAUGAAACCACCAAGCAUUAUUCUGCUGACGGCUAAUGGCAGGUUUGAGGUGGGGAAGAAAAUUUGCUUAAGCAUCUCAGGGCAUCAUCCUGAAACAUGGCAGCCUUCAUGGAGUAUAAGAACGGCUUUACUGGCAAUUAUUGGAUUUAUGCCAACCAAAGGUGAAGGAGCAAUAGGAUCUCUGGAUUAUACACCAGAAGAAAGAAGAGCUCUUGCGAAGAAGUCACAAGACUUCUGUUGUGAAAUGUGUGGCACAUCCAUGAAGACAGCCCUCUUACCACUAACGUCAGGAAGUGGUUCAAGCCAGGCAGACAAGGAGGCUAAAGAACUUGCCAGACAAAUUAGCUUCAAGGCAGAAGUCCAUUCGUCCAGGAAGUCAGAAGCGGAACCUUCAAACUCAGCAGGACUGAACUGCUCUGCUACUUCACCUGAGCCCCAGCAGGAUGGUGCAACUCAAGCGUUCCGGGGUCCAGCGAGUGCAAUGUCGGAAGCUCAGCCCAGCAGCACAGCACCUGGUCAGGAGCGUGCCCCAUCCGUGCCCACAAACACAUCCCUGAGUCCCCGGCAGCGUCGUGCCCAGCAGCACAGCCAGAGAUGGGCUCCGGCUUCAACUGACUUUAAUCGGGUGCAGCAGCCCAGGGCCAACCCCAACCACACUGGAUCCACCGUUCUGAUCGUCCUUCUGACCUUUGCGCUAGCGGCUCUUAUAUUUCGGAGAAUAUGCUUGGCUAAUGAGUAUAUAUUUUGAGUUAUAAGGUCGUUUCUAUUGUAAGAGCAGUGAUUUGGAUGCUCCACUGAACAUUCUGUAUUGCGUUUGACAUGACAACUGUUUACAAAGAUUACUUUUGUAUGUACGCUUACGUCCUUACGAAUGUUAAUGUAGCUGCAGAUACAUUACUUGUAAGAGAAGCCAAGCUGGAACGUCUGACUGCAAGAAGUGUUAACUCGGUGCCCAACAGGUUGUUGGAGAGAGUGUGGUGAAGCAUUGAGACUAAGGGAUGUGUGAGGGGGGUGGUACAGUAAUUUAUUAAUUAGAAAAAGGCAGUUUUAAUAAGUGGCUGAUUCACUUUUUUUUAACGGGCCGUAAAUGCAGUUAAUGACCCCAUGUAUCUCAGCAUAAGAGCUAUGAAGACAAAAUUAUAAAAGGAAUCAGUACAAUGUGUUGGGGCCCAGUGAGCCCUUAUUUUAGAGGGGAUACGGCUUCGUAACAACUUUUAUUUCCUGUGACACAUUUCUAGAGAGCAGAACACAGACAAAUUGGUUGAGAUUCUCCUUGGUGUGUGUGAAGGGGGGAAAGGAGUGGGGCAGGAAAGAAGGGGCCAGAAAACUAUCCGUGUUAUUUUGUUUCUUAUUUGUUCGGAGGUAAGAUUGGAUAAUCUUGUGCAAGGUUUGAAUGUCCUCUUCUAAUGCUCUCAACUGUAUAUCUUGCUUUUUUAAAAUUUGAAGGUUAAUGUAAAACAUGUCUAUUCUUGCAAUAGUUAUAAAUAUGUAAUAUAAUUAUUUACCCAGAGUUAUUGUCUUUUAAUUAUACCAGAAGUAUACAUAGUGCAUUAAGCCAAAUGUUUCACUUGUGGUUUUAUUUCCUAAAGAAAACUUUAAACCUUAUUGUACUUAAGCUCUCAUAUAUAUGAAUGUGCUUAAGAGAACUAUUUAUUAAAACUUGGUAGUAACAAACUGUUUCAAGCCAGUCCUCGGUUAUGUUUUAAGUAUCUCAGAGCUUUUUAUUUGUUUUGUUUUGGUGGUUUGCGGUCUGAAAUCAAUAUUGGACCCAGAGGUUUUCUGUAUUGUUAUUUUAUUAAAAAUAAAUAACUGGUAAGAUA